GGCCAAGGGGCGGAGCCUGGCCGGUGUCCCGGGGCUGCGGACCCCGUGCGGCUGCUGCUGUCUGGGCGCCCUCCGCUCGCCCCGAGACACACCCGGCCAUGCAGGAGCCGCUGCUGGGAGCCGAGGGUCCGGACUACGACACCUUCCCCGAGAGGCCGCCACCGUCGCCGGGGGACAGGGCGCGAGUCGGGGCCCUGCAGAACAAAAGGGUAUUCCUGGCCACCUUCGCGGCCGUGCUCGGCAACUUCAGCUUUGGGUAUGCCCUGGUCUACACUUCCCCGGUCAUCCCAGCCCUGGAGCACUCCCUGGAUCCUGACCUGCAUCUGACCAAAUCCCAGGCAUCCUGGUUCGGGUCCGUGUUCACCCUGGGAGCAGCAGCAGGGGGCCUGAGUGCCAUGAUCCUCAAUGACCUCCUGGGCCGGAAGCUGAGCAUCAUGUUCUCGGCGGUGCCAUCGGCGGCCGGCUACGCGCUCAUGGCAGGUGCCCACGGCCUCUGGAUGCUGCUGCUCGGAAGGACGCUGACGGGCUUUGCCGGGGGGCUCACAGCUGCCUGCAUCCCGGUGUACGUGUCUGAGAUUGCUCCCCCAGGUGUCCGUGGGGCUCUGGGGGCCACACCCCAGCUCAUGGCAGUGUUCGGAUCCCUGUCCCUCUACACCCUUGGCCUCCUGCUGCCGUGGCGCUGGCUGGCUGUGGCCGGGGAGGCGCCUGUGCUCGUCAUGAUCCUGCUGCUCAGCUUCAUGCCCAACUCGCCGCGCUUCCUGCUCUCUCGGGGCAGGGACGAGGAGGCCCUGCAGGCGCUGGCCUGGCUGCGCGGGGUAGAUGCUGACGUCCACUGGGAGUUCGAGCAGAUCCAGGACAACGUCAGGAGACAGAGCAGCCGAGUGUCAUGGGCUGAGGCACGGGCCCCCCACAUGUGCCGGCCCAUCGCCGUGGCCUUGCUGAUGCGCUUCCUGCAGCAGCUGACCGGCAUCACACCCAUCCUGGUCUACCUGCAGUCCAUCUUCGACAGUACUGCUGUCCUGCUGCCCCCUAAGGAUGACGCAGCCAUUGUUGGAGCCGUGCGGCUCCUGUCUGUGCUGAUCGCUGCCCUCACCAUGGACCUCGCUGGCCGUAAGGUGCUGCUGUUUGUCUCAGCGGCCAUCAUGUUUGCUGCCAACCUGACUCUGGGGUUGUACAUCCACUUUGGCCCCAGGCCUGUGAGCCCCAACAGCACAGCGGGCCUGGAAAGCGUGUCCUGGGGGGACUUGGCGCAGCCCCUGGCAGCACCCACCAGUUACCUCACUCUGGUACCCCUGCUGGCCACCAUGCUCUUCAUCAUGGGCUAUGCCAUGGGCUGGGGCCCCAUCACCUGGCUGCUCAUGUCUGAGGUCCUGCCCCUACGAGCCCGUGGCGUGGCCUCAGGGCUCUGCGUGCUGGCCAGCUGGCUCACCGCCUUCGUCCUCACCAAGUCCUUCCUGCCAGUGGUGGGCGCCUUCGGCCUGCAGGUGCCUUUCUUCUUCUUCGCGGCCAUCUGCUUGGUGAGCCUGGUGUUCACAGGCUGCUGUGUGCCCGAGACCAAGGGACGGUCCCUGGAGCAGAUCGAGUCCUUCUUCCGCACGGGGAGAAGGUCCUUCCUGCGCUAGGCCAGGGUCCCCGCCUGGAGGGGGCCAAACCCCCAGUGGCUGGGCCUCUGUGUUGGCUGCAAACCUGCACCCUGGGACCAAGAGACGGCAGUCAGCCCUGCCACCAGCUAGGGCACAGGAAGAGAGCGUGAUGGGGCCUCAGCAACGUGUGUCCCCGGCUCCGGAGAGGUCGCAUCGCUGUCCAGCUGCAGCCCCAGCUCAGGCAGCCCAAAGUGCUGCACGGACACCAGCCAAGACCCGCCAGAGGAGGAGGCGGCCAUGGGCUGCAGGAGAGCACACAACCCACCGGGCGAUCUCAGGCCUAGUCCCUGACCCUUGUGUGAAGGACACCCCCCACAGAAGACUUCGGGGAGGAUCGAGAAGACAGAGCUGGAGGCAGCCAAGUAAUGUAAUCAUAUCUUUGCGCUCUGAUCCGGCGGCAUCUGGCUGCGUGAGGAAGACCUGGCCUUGCCCCCGCAAGCCUGCUGGGCACCACAGGGAACAUCCCAGACUUCAAAAGCCAGGGCAGCCCGGGCUGCAGAGGCUCCCGCCUGUAAUCCCAGCACUUUGGGAGGCCAAAGCAGGCAGAUCACCUGAGCCAGGAGUUCGAGACCAGCCUGGCCAACAUGGCAAAAGCCCGUCUCUACCAAAAAAUACAAAAAAAUUAGCCAGGUGUGGUGGCACACACCUGUAGUCCCAGCUACUCAGGAGGUGGAGACAGAAUUGCUUGAACCCAGGAGGUGGAGGCUGCAGUGAGCUAAUAUCACGCCAUUGCAUCCCAGCCUGGGAAACAAGAGUGAAACUCUACCCCAACCCCCAAAAAAGCCAAGGCAAACAACCCGGCCUGGCCACUUUCUCCCGCCCCAGCCCAACCUCUGGGAAUAGGCAGUUCCCAGCUGCAAACUGUGUUCACCCUUUUAACAAAAUAAAGGAACUGGGCCUG